AGCUUCUUGUGUGGUCUGUACGUUACCCUUCUACUUAUAGUUUGUCUAAAGAAUUCGGAACUAUGAUUACGCGAACGCCACCUCGAGUGGCGAAAAAGUGGGACAACUUUCAGGUCAACAUCGAAGAGGAGCUGGAACAGGAAGAGCUCUCAAAGGCCGUUAUCGAUAGAGAAAUCGACCACUUUAAUCAGCGCAACUAUCACAACAUUGCGGCUCUCACAGAUCAUCUACGGUCGCUCGUAUUCGGCAAAGAGGAGAACGCGGCGUCACCGCGGGACAUUGAUGCGGUGUUGGAGUACAUUGCAGGACCCCCACAUACGUGGAACAGCAACUGCGAAGAGGUGCGAGAGUUUCAGCGACUCAUCGACAAGGCAUACAUGGAUGAAUGGAAAUUGUUCCAAGCCGUAAACCCAACCAUCCCCGAAAACUUUGCCAUGCGAAGUCUUCCUCAGAUGUUUUGCGUCCCGCCUUUGCAAAAGGCUCAGCUAGAUCUUCUCAUUCAAUUAAGCUCAAACAAGACUGCUGCUCGGUAUGGGUGUGUCCGCAUGCAGCUGUGGUACGUCGAUUUAGCGGGCUGUACGUGCUCUACCAUGCGUGAGUUCACAUUCGACACCGUCGCGGACGACGCAAUUCAGCUGACAAUGAGCCGCCUACUCGCCUUUACCAAACUCAAAUCCAAAAAGGAUGACUCGGACAUGGUUUUUGUGUUUCGCGUGAAGGGAAGGAACGAAUAUAUCUACGGCUCACAGCACUUGAUCAAUUUUCGCUACAUUCGCGAUUGCGUGAGCAAGCAAAAGGAAAUACACAUCAUUGUCGAACCAAAAGACGCGAUGCUGCUUAUCGCACCGCUUUUCCGUCCUAGCUAUCCGUCGCACGCGCUGCCGAAUCGACGGCAUUCAGAGCUUUGCAAGCCUGGGGCGCCCGAGAUCAGUCUCUGGAAUACGGCGCAGAAGCUGUCGCUUCGAGUGGUGGGUGGUUUUGAAAAGCUUAUCAUCUCGCCCAGUCGAAUGAAGGAGGAAAGCGUGCGCGACUCCUCCAAACUGUACCUGGCAGUUCUUAUCGAGGCUUACUUUGGAACGUUGCGGUGCUGUGAGCCGCAGAUCACGAAAUGGCAGCUCCGCGACGAAUCGAAGUCGAUCGACGGCAUUCCUUCGAAAGUCUGUUGGAAGGAAGGAGGGCAAGUGGCGUUUAGUGUCGAUCUGUCGAAUGUCCCCAGGGAGCUGAAACUCUGCUUCACACUCGUGGCCACCUCAGUCGAAAGAAUUGGCACAGUGCGCGACGCAUCCGCGGAGGAAAUCAUCGCAGCCGCGGAGGAAACAUCCAAGAAAACGGAGGAACAAGGACAUACAGUUUUUUUUCUUGGAACGGCAGCCACCCAAUUAUUCGACUACGCAGCAAAAAUGCGCAUGGGUAUGGGACACAUUUUUCUAUGGGACGGCAAGACCCGUGCCAACCCAAUCGGCUUCAAUUCCAACAAUCCCGAUGCCGGCGCGUGCACGUUUGGAGUUGAGUUCCCUACCUUUAGUAAGCCGGUUGUUUUUCCCAGCGGUCGUCCUCCGCGGAACAAAGAGGAGUGCGCGCGUAAGAGCCUAGCGGAGCGAGAGAGCCGGCUGAGUGGGCACCUCGCGCACAAUGAAAUCGAGCAGUUGCGACAGCUGAAGCGAGUACUUGAGUACGAUCCUCUUGUCCACCUCACCGCCGAUGAUCGGACAAUCUUGUGGAAAUAUCGGGAAAUACUGCUCAAUCGCCCGAAGGCAAUGGCGAAAUUGUUCAGUGCUGUGGACUGGCUGAAGCCCUUCGAUGUGUACGAGGCGCACUGCCUUCUGCAUCGGUGGUGUCCGCUACCGGCAUUUGACGCGCUUGAAUUGCUUGAUGCCAGGUACGCCGACUCGGUUGUUCGCGAAUUGGCGAUCGAGUCUGUUGGAAACAUGUCGGAUUACGAGCUUCGAGGCUGCAUUUUGCAGCUUGUCCAGGUGCUUAAAUAUGAGCCGUACCAUUAUUCCGCCCUCGCUCGCUUUCUGCUGCGACGCUCCCUUCGAUCGAAUCACAUCAUCGGCCAUUACGUCUUUUGGUACCUUUCCGCCGAAGUGAAGAACCUGAGCAUCUGUGAACGGCACGGUCUCCUUAUAGAGGAGCUGAUCAAGCGCUCCCCGCAUCGGUGGAAUUAUUUACGGCAAGUGUAUGUUUGCCAGGAACUGCUCCAGUGUGCAUUGAAAGUUCAGCGCGCGCAGAAAAAGGAUCGAGUGAAGUGUCUACACGAAGCUCUUUCUCAAAUUCGCUUUCCUCACCGUUUCACUCUUGCGCUCAACCCGUCCAUGGAGUGCUGCGCAGUGGAGAUAAAGCAGUGCAAGGUGAUGGAUUCUAAAAAGUUUCCUUUCUGGCUCGUGUUUCGCAACUACCUGGACCAAGAUGAUCAAUUUUUCGUCAUUUUCAAGACCGGCGACGACCUGCGUCAAGACUUGCUUACUUUGCAAUUGCUGGAGCUGAUGGACUCCUUAUGGAAAGCAGCCGGAUUAGACCUGCACCUCAUCCCGUACGGUUGCAUCUCAACAGGAGAAGGCGUUGGAAUGAUCGAAGUCGUGCUCAACAGCGACACUAUUGCCAACAUUACCCGACACGAAGGUGGCGCACAAGCAGCCUUCAGUGAGGAGCCGCUGAUCAACUGGUUGCGGCAGUUUAACUGCGAGCGCAACGAAGUUGAAAGAUGCUUGUGGAAUUUCGUCUUCAGCGUCGCGGGAUACACCGUUGCCACAUAUGUGUUAGGCAUCGGCGACCGCCACAACGACAACAUUAUGCUCCGUCAAGACGGUACUUUGUUCCACAUUGAUUUCGGUCAUUUUCUAGGCAACUUCAAGACCAAGUUCGGCAUCAAACGUGAAACCGCACCUUUCAUUUUCACCCCGAUGUACCUGUACGCGAUGGGGGGUGCAAACAGUCCCAUCUACAAAUACUUUGUUGACCUUGCCUGUCAAGCCUACAAUGCGCUUCGCCGGCACAGCAACGCACUCAUCAUGCUCUUCAUGUUGAUGCUCUCGACAGGCAUUCCGGAACUGCAGACAUUAGACGACAUUGAGUGGCUGCGAACAGUUCUGCUGAUCAAUCGUACCGACGAUGAAGCCACUGAGCAUUACAAAAGCCUUAUAAACGACGCGGUGAGUAACUUCCGCACGCUGCUUAACGACUACAUUCACAUCAUGGCGCAUUAG